AUGCCCGCCUCCUACCCCGCAGUGCUGGCGCUGGCCCUGGUGGGAGCGGCACGCGCCGCCACCGCCGCGCCCACCUGCACUGCGGGCACACAGCUGGAUGCGGAGCAGGCCCUGCUGGCGCGUUACCUCUAUGAGCUGCGCAACAACCGGCAGGCAGACUGCAGCCCCCCAGACUUUGUGCAGAAUGCUGCAGAGCAGGGCUUUGUGGUCAAACAGCUCUGCACCGAGCCGGGCUCCGCCCCGACCGACACCUACACCAACCUGACCGCCAGCUUCAAGAACAGCUGCAAGAACAACAACCCAGAGACGAAGCUUAAGCUGGAGGCGCUGGUUCGGCGGUGCCCUGGCCAAGACCCCACCCUGCAGCCCUGGGCCGCCGACAGCGUGACGGCCAGGGUGGCGCCGCUUCCGGACAACUUCUCCUGCCCCGCGGGCCUGGAGCCCAUCCCGGUGGUGGACGACGAAAUCGACUUCACCCCCAUGUGGGAGUUCAACCACCUGUGCGAAAACUCGAUGAAAUAUAAGCUGUUCCCGGCAGACCCGUCGGCGGUGCCCAAGUGCGGCGGCGGCGCCGCCUGGCUCACCACCACCAUGCAAGACGCCUGCUACAGCCCCUCGACAGGGGAGUACAGCGGCUACUGCAACAUCCUGUUCACCUGCGACGACGGCAAGGAGCACAACGUGUCUGUGAAUGCGGCGGGCAAGACGCUGGGGCGCGACGCCUGCCCCUGGCCCAUGUUCCUGCCCGGCUCCGAUGGCUACGACCCCCAGUUUGACUUCCUCAACCAGGCAAGCCAAGCCAGCCGGGGGGCAGGGGCUCACCACCUCGCUACGGCGCCCACCCCCGGCUCUGCGCCCGCCCCUGCUGGCGGGGACCUGGCCGCGUGCCUGGCGUCCGCCGGCAUCGAGUUUGUGGAUGACUCCAACCCCGCCGCACUGGACCAGGCCUGCAAGGUGUGGAACAAGCUCAACGACACCAUAGCCGCGGCGGUCGCCUACCCGGCCGAUGUCGCCCAGGUGGCGGCCGCCGUGCUGUGCGCCAAAGAGGCGGGCAUCAAGCCGGUGCCGAGGUCUGGCGGCCACAGCUACAUGGGGUACAGCGUCAUGCCUGGCGGCCUCACAAUCGACCUCAACCGCAUGAAUGUCACCACCGUGUCAGCCGACGGCGCAACCGCCACCGUGCAGGCCGGCUCCCGCCUGGGCCAGCUCUAUUAUUACGUCUACAACCAGACGGGCGGCACCAAGGCGGCGGUGGGCGGCACCUGCCCCCCCGUGGGCACCGGCGGCCUCUUCCUGGGCGGCGGCAUCGGGCCGCUGACCCGACAGUACGGCCUGGGCUGCGACCAGCUGGAGGAGGUGCAGCUGGUGGAUGCCCAGGGGCAGCUGGUCGUCGCCAACGCCAGCUUCAACUCUGACCUGCUGGGCGCCAGCUGCGGCGUGGGGGGCGGCAACCUGGGCAUCGUCACGGAGUACCGCAUCAAGCUGCACGAUGCGCCCCCCAACUUCACCAUCGUCGCAUACACAGUGGUCUCCUCCCAGGCUCUGGCCUACCUCAAUUACCUGAACAUCGACAAGGGCGAGAUCGACGUGCUAUGCCAGUACCCGGGCCCCAAGAAAGAGCUGCAGUCGCUGCUGGCGUCGGAGGGCCUGCUGGGCGCCGGUACCGGCUGGAACGUGACGGCCCCGCCGGACUGGCAGGAGAUGGACUGGAUCCACAGCGUCAUGUACCAGGCCUUCUAUGAUGAGGUGGUGAAGCAGCCCGCCGACCUGCUCAACAUCGCGGCCAUGGAGAAGAAGUACAGGACCUACUUCAAGCUCAAGUCUUUCUUCGCCAUGGAGGAGGUGUCUGACGCCGCCUGGCAGACCAUGAUCGAGUGGGAGGCCAAGAUCGACAAGUAUGGCGGCUAUGUUGAGCUGGACAUGUUUGGCGGCACGCCGGGCGCGGUGGGGGCGGUGGCGCCCAACGCCACCGGCUUUGUGCACCGCGGCGCGCUGUUCAGCAUCCAGUACGGCGCGGAGUGGCGCAAGGAUGUUAUGACACACAAGGUCAUCCCGCUGAUUGAGCAGAUGCAGGCGGCUCUGGACCCCUUCUUUGAUCCCAACCGGCCGGCAUACAUAAACUAUUACGACAUCCAGGUGGGCGCCGACCCUCUGGAGAGCUACUACGGCACCAACACCGCCUGGCUGCAGGGCCUGAAGGCCCAGGUGGACCCUGACAACCUGUUCACAGCUGAUCCGCUGGCCAUACCCGCCGCCGCGUCAGCCAGCCCGACGCCGGCGCCCGCGCCCGCGCCCGCGCCCAGCCCCGCGGCAGGCGGCGGCUCCAGCGCCUCGCCGGCGCCAGCGCCAGCGCCGGCGCCGGCGCCGGCCUCGGCCGCCGCCACGCCCGCGGCGGCCGUGCUGCACUGA